GGCGGGCAAGAGGGAGGGAGCCUCAAAGGCUGAGGCCAGCCGGGACACCCUUUGGGAUCACACUGAACUCUCCACAUCCCCAAGGUGGCCGAACCCUCUGCACCAACCCACCCAGGUUAACCCCCAGAGGCCCCAUGGAGUUCUCUGGCCUGGGGACCCUGGGCACCUCAGAACCCCUACCCCAGUUUGUGGAUCCUGCCCUGGUGUCCUCGACACCAGAGUCGGGGAUCUUCUUUCCCUCUGGGCCUGAGAGCUUGGAUGCAGCAGCCUCCUCCACGGCCCCCAGUACAGCCACUGCCGCAGCUGCCACGCUGGCCUACUACAGGGAUGCUGAGGCCUACAGACACUCCCCAGUCUUUCAGGUAUACCCGCUGCUCAACUGUGUGGAGGGGAUCCCAGGGGGCUCACCCUAUGCUGGCUGGACCUACAGCAAGACAGGGCUCUAUCCUGCCACAACCGUGUGCCCCAGCCGUGAGGACUCCCCUCCCCAGGCCCCAGAAGACCCGGAUGGCAAGAGCAGCACCAGCUUCCUGGAGACCCUGAAGACUGAGCGCCUGAGUCCAGACCUCCUCACCCUGGGGCCUGCACUGCCUUCAUCACUCUCGGUCUCCAGCAGUGCUUAUGGGAGCCCCGACUUUUCCAAUCCCUUCUUUUCUCCCACGGGGAGCCCCCUCAAUUCAACAGCCUAUUCCUCCCCCAAGCUUCGUGGGAGCCUGCCCCUGCCCCCCUGUGAGGCCAGGGAAUGUGUGAACUGCGGAGCAACAGCCACUCCACUGUGGCGGAGGGACAGGACGGGUCACUACCUGUGCAAUGCCUGUGGCCUCUAUCACAAGAUGAAUGGGCAGAACAGGCCCCUCAUCCGGCCCAAGAAGCGCCUGAUUGUCAGCAAACGGGCAGGUACUCAGUGCACCAACUGCCAGACAACGACCACCACACUGUGGCGCAGAAAUGCCAGUGGAGACCCCGUGUGCAAUGCCUGUGGCCUCUAUUACAAGCUACACCAGGUGAACCGACCACUGACCAUGAGGAAGGACGGUAUUCAGACCCGGAACCGCAAGGCAUCUGGAAAAGGGAAAAAAAAGCGUGGAUCAAGCCUAGGAGGGGCAGUAGCAGAAGGACAACCUAGUGGCUUCAUGGUGGUGGCAGGUGGCAGUGGUAGUGGGAAUUGUGGGGAGGUGGCCUCAGGUUUGACACUGGGUGCCCCAGGUACUGCCCAUCUCUACCAAGGCCUAGGCCCCAUGGUGCUGUCUGGGCCUGUUAGCCACCUCAUGCCUUUCCCAGGCCCCCUGCUGGGCUCACCCACUGGCUCCUUCUCCACAGGCCCGGUGCCUCCCACCACCAGUACCACUGUGGUGGCACCACUCAGUUCCUGAGGGCUAGAGCAUGGCCUCAGCGGACAGGGGUGCUGUCUUCGUCCUCUUAUAGCCAUCAGUCUGUGCAACCCAACCCUCUGGGCCCCAUACACCCCCUGGCCUGGACCUUCAAAGUUUUUGUAAAAUAAAAUAAUAAUAAAACUGAAGGUGUGGGUCUGCA